UGGCGAGGCUGUGGUCCGCUCUCCUCUCCUCUCCUCUCGCCGCCGCUGCUGGCACGUCGCCGGGCAAUCCGCGAAAUUGAAUCGAAAAAAAAACUCUUCCGGCCGCUGCGCCAGGAAAAUGCCGACUCUGGAGGAAGAAGGCGACCACCGCUGGAGCUAAUCGCGGAGAGGAGAUUGCCUGCGUCGAGUGCUUUCGUCAACUUUUCCAUAGCUGUCGGAGUUCGUUCCCAUUUUAAAUGUGGUUCGGAUGAGCCGAAAUUCGCCUCGGUGUGUUCCGUGAAAUUUUAAAAAUGAGUGCGAAUAACUCGAGCGAGUUGUCGAACGAGACGAUAACGGACUGCUCGGUGAGUUUUAUGCUCGAGGACUCCGUCCUGGGCAAGCCGUGGUUCCAGGCGAUCGUCUUCUUCGCGUACGUGGCCAUCUUCGCCGCGGCGCUCAUCGGCAACGGCCUCGUGGUCAUCUCGGUGCGCGCCUCGCCGCGCAUGCGCACCGUGACCAACCUGCUGCUGGUCAAUCUCGCCUUCAGCGACCUCCUGCUCGCCAUCGCGUGCGUCCCGUUCUCCUUCGUGCCCACCCUGGUGCUGCAGUACUGGCCCUUCGGAGCACCGCUAUGCAAACUAGUCAGUUUCUGCCAGGCUGUGUCCGUGCUGGUGAGCUCUUACACCCUUUUGGCGAUUAGCGUGGAGCGCUACGCCGCCAUAAUGCGUCCGCUGCGGCCGCGUUUGGCGCGCCGGCACGCCCGAUGGGUCGUUGUCGGCAUCUGGGCCGGAGCCUUGGCCUCGGCGGCGCCCAUCUUCAUCGUUUCUGAGGUGAUGCAGCCGAGCAAUGAAUACGAGACGUGCGACAGGUUCAUUUGCACCGAGAUGUGGGACUCUCUGGAAGCGCAGAGGACGUACACGCUGGCGCUGUUGGUGCUGCAGUACGCGCUGCCGCUGGGGGUGCUGCUCUUCACGUACACGCGCAUCGCCACCGAGGUCUGGGGCACCAGGCCGCCGGGCGAGGCGCACAACAUGCGCGACAUGAGGAUAGCCAGGAACAAAAGAAAGAUGGUGAAAAUGAUGAUCGUCGUCGUGCUGGUGCUCACCGUGUGUUGGGCCCCGUUUAACAUCCUGCUGAUCAUGCUGGACGUGAAUCCUGAGCUGAACUCGUGGCCGGGUUUUCCGUACAUGUGGUUCGUGUUCCACUGGCUGGCCAUGUCGCACGCGUGCUACAACCCGCUCAUCUACUGGUGGAUGAACGCCCGCUUCCGCUCAGCGUUCGCGCACACGCUGCGUCAGGUGCCGCUGCUGCGUCGGUGCACGCCACCGCCGCCCGCCGAGCCCGCGUUGGCGCGCGCAAACACCUCCACCUCGUACGUGAGCGUGCGUGCGCCGCGAAACUCGCAUUUCCUCUCCACCACGCAGAUGGUCAACCUGAGGCCCGACCUGCCCAACAACAACAAGUUCAGGCCAGUCAUUUUGGAUGACGAGGACAUUUUGUAGAAAAAAUAGGCUUUUAUCCUAGGAAUUAGUGAAGAGUGGGGAAAACAUGAAGAAGAGUUUUAUAUUAAAGACAGUCUUUGACGAAGUUUCUGAGCUCACCAAUCGAUUCCUGAAGGUCGAAUUAGGCUAGUUUGAUAUUUUUUCCGACCAAAAAGUGUAGCGCGACGUGCUAACUUUUUUUCCCGCCAAAACAACAUGAAUGUGAGAAGUGCGCAUGCGUCAGAGCGGGCUGGAUCUGACAAAUAGGCGGUCUCGUCUUCAAGUGCUCAAAUCAGCUCUCACGCAUGCGCACUUCUCGCAUUCAUAUUGUUUUGGCGGGAAAAAAAGUUCGCACGUCGCGCUGGACAUUUUGGUCGGCCAAAAUAUCAAUUUUACCUAAUUCGACCCUCAGGAAUCGAUUGGUGUGCUCAGAAACUUCGUCAAAGACGGUCUUUUGGUUGCAUUAGACGGGUUUACUUCGUGAUCGAAACAGCAGUGCCACAGCGACAGCCUAAUGGCGCUGCCGUCUCGAUCGUGAAACAGAUUCACAAGCGAUUUAGUUGGAUUUUGAUGGAUUUCAAGUCUUAAAAUGGCGUGAUUGGUGUCUAGUAGCUGUCUUAAAUUGGGAACGCUGAACAAAAAUCUUAUUCCGUCAAGAAAUGCAAUCAAAUCUGCUUAAAAACGUUUCUCAUCAAUGGUUUUAAGUGAACAAAUGUAUAUAUAGGGUUAAAAUGAUGAAGAUUUUGAUUAUUGAAAGGAUUAUACAUAUUUUUAUCCUCCAUUUGAGGAAACAAACUUUCUUGUACUUAAUUUAACACUGUCACAUAUGCUUAUUUUUUUCUCAAACUUGUUCAGGUAAAUAAAAUGCUUGUAUCAAACUUGCUGUCCAUCUGCUUAAAAUCUUGCCGUCUCGUUGAAUGUAAUUUAUCAAUAAUUCCUGUCUCUGUGUCAUUGCAGCGUCUGUUCAUGGCAAUUAUUUUAGCUUAAUUUAUUUUAAGGUUUUUGUUCAAAAUAUAUUGGCCGGACACUCUUGGAUGCUUGAUACUAACCAGAAAUUUCAUUCCAUGAACUUAAUAUGCACAUGAUUGUAAAAACUAUACUGCAUUUGACGUAUUAAUUAAUAUUGAUGUGUAUAUAAUUCAUUAUCUAAAUGAUCGAGGUGCUAUCGGUAAAAAGAUGUGUUCAUUUUAAAAAGGUUGCCAACAAACAAAACUCGGGAAUUUUGAUUUUUGGAAUCGAACAUAUUAUAUAUUAUGUUGCUAAUUUGCGGGAAAGCAUUAUGCUUAAAGAAAAUUAGAAAGUGAAAGAUAUUUUUAUAAAUGUUCACAAAACAAGAUGAAAUUUGAUGUGAAUGUGUUCUUUGGAAUUGAUUGUGUUGUUCGGCCCCGGCUUUGAUUGUGUCACAAAUUCUGUGCUAAUUUCGCGGGCCUCAUUCCAUCGCGUAUAAGUGUCAAAAGUGUUUCCGAAUCUCCGUUAUUCCAAGUGAAGUGAAGUGUGUGGAUGCUGAAAACUGAAUAAAAAGCUGUAUGAUAUCUAGUCAGGUCUCUAGUCCACAUUCCUUUUGGUGCAAAUUCUUUUUUCCCUUCGACGAUGCGGCGGAGAGACGAUUGUGUUUUGUUUGAAUUUGAUGAAAACGAGAGACGAGUGCGUCGCAGCUUAAAUAAAUUUUAUUUAUUGCUGUUAGCCGCGCGAAAUGUGUAAUUUUCGCCGGCCAUUAACCGUUUCUGCGAAAGUGAACAAGAAUAAACGCUGUAUCUCUCUCUCUGAUUGUGAGUGCGAUGAAAAUAAAGAGAUCUCUGUGGUUACGUUA